AUGGACGGUGAUCUAUAUAAUCAACCUGUUGUGAUAGACAAUGGAUCAGGGAACUUGAAAGCAGGGUUUGCAGGAGAAGAUAAACCCAAAACUUAUGCAUCAGCCAUAGUGGGACGACCUAAAUAUCCUCGAAUAAUGACAGGAUCAUUAUUACCAGAAGUCACUAAUGUCGAUGGUAUUGGUAAAGAAGAUACCUUUAUUGGUAAUUUAGCUCAACAAUAUCGUGGAUUACUUAAAUUAUCAUAUCCUAUAAGUCAUGGUAUAGUGGAGAAUUGGGAUGAUAUGGAAUUAUUAUGGAAUCAUACUUAUCAACAAGAAUUAAAGAUUAAUAGUCAAGAUCAUCCAUUAUUAAUCACAGAAGCUCCAUUGAAUCCUCGUCACAAUAGAGAUAAAAUGUGUGAAUUGUUAUUUGAACUGUUUAAUAUCCCUUGUAUAUAUGUCUCGAUUCAAGCAGUGUUAUCAUUAUAUAGUAGUGGUCGAACUACAGGAGUUGUGGUGGAUAGUGGAGAUGGUAUAACUCAUAUUGUUCCUGUUUAUGAAGGUUUCGCCUUACCUACAUCAAUAAAGAGAUUAGAUAUUGGAGGAAGAGAUAUCACUGAACAAUUGGGAUAUAAUUUACGACGGAUGUUAGGAAUCAAUUUAACUUCAAGUAGUUCUGAAUUUGAAAUUUUAAGAUUAAUUAAAGAGAAUUGUUGUUUUAUUAGUAAGGAUCCAAUUAGAGAUGAAAAAUUAUAUUCAUCUAUAAUUUAUAAUAGUCAAAAUGAAAAUUUAUCAAGUUAUAAAUUACCUGAUGGGAAGACAUUACAAAUUGGAGUUGAAAAAUUUCGAUCCCCAGAGAUUUUAUUUAAUCCUCAAUUAAUUGGCAAUGAAAGUCCAGGUAUACAUGAAUUAAUUACAUUAUCGAUAAAUAAAACCGAUUUAGAUUUAAGACCUAUAUUAUAUCAAAAUUUAAUCUUAUCAGGAGGGAAUACAUUAUUAAAAGGGUUUGGAGAUCGAUUAUUAUCUGAAUUAAAACAAAUUCAAGGUCAUGAUAAAACAAAGAUAAAGAUUUAUGCACCACCGGAACGGAAAUAUUCAACUUGGAUUGGAGGAUCGAUCUUAGCUGGAUUAUCAACUUUUAAAAAGAUGUGGAUCACCAAUCAAGAAUAUCAAGAAAAUCCAGAUAUAAUUCAUAUAAAGUGUUUAUAA